AUGAAGAGUGAUAAUCGUCACUUCAAACCAGAGAGGCCAUGGUUUCUGGUUGUGGCAAUGACGGGUCUAAUCGGCGGCGUAUUUCUAAUCGCCACCUUCAUCCGAGCCGCCGGCGGUCCGCCAUUCUGCAAUUCUGCUGCCGGUUCAGGAUUCCGAGGCGAAGCCGUCGACGCAUCCCCUGCUCAGUUCUUCCAGAAGGCCAUCCUCCACUACGCCACGUCGACCGUGGUCCCACAACAAUCACUCGCCGAGAUCAGUGUCUCCUUCAACGUCCUCCAGUCUCUUCAGCCAGCUCCGUGCAACUUCCUCGUUUUUGGGCUCGGUCACGACUCUCUCAUGUGGUCCUCAUUCAAUCCACUUGGCACCACUCUAUUCCUCGAAGAAGACCCCAAGUGGGUCCAAACAGUAUUAAAAGAUGCACCUACGCUUCACGCCCACACCGUCCAGUACCGUACCAAACUCUCCCAAGCCGAUGAAUUGGUCGGAUUGUUCAACAGGGAACCGGAUUGUUGGCCCUCCAAAUCGUUCCUACGUGGUAACACCAAUUGCAAGUUAGCAUUGGACACACUUCCUAAUGAAGUGUAUGAGAGAGAGUGGGACUUGAUAAUGAUUGACGCUCCGAGGGGGUACUCCCCUGAAUUGCCCGGUAGGAUGGGGGCGAUUUAUUCGGCGGCAGUAAUGGCGAGGAAUAGGAAAAAAUCAGGUGUGACUCACGUAUUUCUGCAUGAUGUGGAUCGGAAGGUUGAGAAGGCUUAUGCAGAAAUGUUUCUGUGUAGAAAGCAGUUGGUGAAGGCUGUGGGGAGGCUGUGGCACUUCGAAAUACCGCCCGCGGCUAACGUGAGCCAUGGGAGUGAAGAUCGUAGGUUUUGCUAA